GUCUCUUUUCCUUUUGCCUGACUGGCUGACUGACAUUCUGACAGAUUAGUUAUUCGUUUUUUUGAAUAAUAAAUAUCACAAUUUCGUAAACAAGUUGAGAAUUUUUUGUGGGGAAUGUCCAUAAGUGAACUGAAAUACUAGUAUUGCUGUCGUUCGAAAUGAGUGUGACACAUAAAGAAUCGGGAAGUAAAAUCGUUUUUGUUACUGUAGGGACUACCCAGUUUGACGAAUUAAUAACUCAAGUUUUGCAUCCAAACACGUUAGAGAUUUUGGAAGAUGAUGGGUACACACAUCUUGUUCUGCAAAUUGGACUUGGUGUUGAACCUCCAAUUCCUAUUUCACGAAGAAUACAAAUAUCUUGUUAUCAUUUUAAAGAAAACAUUUCUUCUGAUAUGGAAAAAGCCUCCCUAAUCAUUUCACAUGCUGGUGCUGGCAGUUGUCUUGAGGCCCUCAGUGUAGCAAAGCCAUUAAUUGUUGUGGUUAACCAGAAGCUGAUGGGCAAUCACCAGCUAGAACUUGCUGAGAAGUUACAUUCUGAAGGACAUGUUUAUAUGUGCUAUCCAGAAACCUUAAAAACUACCAUUGUUGAUUUUAGAACUACUAAACUCCAGAAAUUUCCUAGAAAUAAUCCAGUUGCAUUCUCAGCCUACCUUGAAAAAUUGAUGGGAUUUCAAAAAUAAAGUUCAAUUUGUGUAUUGA